CCCCAGACCGAGAAGGCGGCACCAUGGCGGCGACCCCGCCCGCGCCCCCGCCGCGCCCAGUCACCCACCUCAUCUUUGACAUGGACGGCCUUCUUCUGGACACUGAGCGGCUGUAUUCAGUGGUGUUCCAGGAAAUAUGUGAUCGCUAUGGAAAGAAUUACAGCUGGGACGUAAAGUCCCUGGUGAUGGGCAAGAAGGCGCUGGAGGCUGCUCAGAUUAUAAUAGACGUCCUGCAGCUCCCCGUGUCCAAAGAGGAGCUGGUGGAAGAAAGCCAGGCCAAGUUAAAGGAGCUGUUCCCCACGGCCGCGCUCAUGCCAGGGGCUGAGAAACUCAUCCACCAUCUGCAGAAGCACAACAUACCUUUUGCCGUUGCCUCUAGCUCUGGGUCUGUGUCAUUCAAAAUGAAGACAAGUAGACACAAGGAGUUCUUCAGUUUGUUUCAUCACAUCGUUUUGGGAGACGAUGUGGAGGUGAAGAAUGGCAAGCCAGCGCCUGACAUAUUCCUGGCCUGUGCCAGGAGGUUCUCCCCACCCCCACCUGUGGGGCAGUGCCUUGUCUUUGAAGAUGCUCCCAACGGCGUGGAGGCGGCCCUGGCAGCCGGGAUGCAGGUGGUCAUGGUUCCUGACGGAAACCUGAGCCGUGAGCUGACGACCAGGGCCACGCUGGUGCUGAGCUCCCUGCAGGACUUCCAGCCUGAACUGUUUGGCCUGCCCCCCUACGAGUGAGGUGCAGCUGCAUCACGGUGCUCCUGACCCGCUCAGCGACCAUGCUGCUGGGACGGAGGGGAGGACAGUGAUAGCCCUAGACCCCCACCUGUGUUUCAUCCUGAUUGUUUGAUUGUCUCAGCCCACUCUGAAGUGCUCAUAAAACAUGGCUUGGUGGUAGGGAGGAAAUGCAGCAGACAGCCUAAAGGUCAUGUCAGAUCUAGACUGCUGCCUGAAAUCCGGGCUGGUUCUGCUGGUACUGUACAUGCUAAAGAGCGUGGACACCCACACGUGUGUGCAGGAGUGUCAGUGUGCAUGCCUUGUGUAUGUGAAGGUAUCUGUGCACACGUGUAUUUGUAAAGGGCGUACUUCUCCAAAACAAAACAAGUUCUGUGUGUGUUGGUUUUUCUGAACACUUGACUGGUUAAUGUAAAGUGUGCAUACGUGUCUGGAUAUGUUUUUAAGUGCAUGUGCAUAUGUGUUAUAUUUACGUAUGUCGUACACACUGCUUUAUCCUCCUGCACUCUGUUAACAUGCAGAAACAACUGGCUCUGUGGGGUGUCGAGUCUGCCUGCUUGUCGUCUGCGUGGGAAAGCCGUGCUUGUGACGAGCGCUGAGAAGUCAUUCUCCUUCUUAGCUAGCAUUAAAGUUCUUCUGUGACCUUG